AUGGCAGGCAAUAAGGCCAACCGGACCAGUAGGAUCAUUCAACAACGAGCGCAACAAUUCAUCCAAGCACAAACAGGACCUAAAUGGAAGCGAGAACUUGUCCAAGAUCACAAGUGGGAUUACAUCGACGUUGAUGAAUUUCGUAGGGGUUCAUGCUAUAAUGGGUUGAGGUAUCUGAUCCUCUUUUGUUCGAUCAUCGUUUCAGUAGCAACCUAUAUCGCUGAUAUAUGGACGGCCGUAAUUCUCCUUGCAUUUGACCAAUGGUCAUUAUCAGUCGAACCGAAAAUCCCCCUUUAUAUCAGCAAAUGGAUCUACGUUGCAUGUAUCGCCUUAUCAUUCCUUUUGCUUGCAUGGGAUUUCUUCAAGUUUCGAAAGAUCCUCAAAUCACAGUAUAUAUCGCUCUCCGUGACCAACGUUAUGGCAUACCGCUACCACUCUGUCAAAAACUUUGGUCGAUUUUGUUUGUUUCGUAAAAUCAACAGCUCGCGAAAAUCAAGUGAUUCAGUCGCUUUCUUUGUCUUUUACACACUUAAAGGAUGGAAGAAGCUAUUGUUUGCACAAAGCCCACGUCAGAUCAUUGCCGCAUUCACUGUGGCUGCAUUGCUCAAGUCCGCUUGGACCGUGAAUGGUAGUUUCCAUAUCGAUGAUGAUUGGGACGCAUAUGGAAAGGACUGGCAACAGCGUGUUGCUUUAAUUUUGAUGGGUUUUACAUGCUUGAUUUGGGCUUUGUCAAUGAUCGAACUCUUCUUGGCAUGUAUCUUGUAUAUCCCGGUGUUUUGUCAGAUCCAAGGCAACCUCAAAGAGUAUUGUUGCCAUAAGAUUGAUAAAAGGAUCACUGAAAUCCUAGAAAAGCAACGACGAAAACGGUUACGAGAACAAGAAAAACGUGCAGCCAAGGCAGCCAAAAAGAUGCGAAAAGGGGCCAAAGAUACCGAUGACUUUCAGCUCUUGUCAACAGCCGAAGAAGAUCAUUCUACUAUGUAUGAUGAUACUCGGCCAUUAAAGACAGCAGCGGCUGAGCCAUAUCGAGGCGAUGUUAAGCUUGAAAUAGCGCCACCACCAGAACCAGUGUAUGAACCAGCUUCGUACUACAACAAUUAUUCAUCACCUUCGUUUCAUCACCAACAUCAACCCCAUUCAUAUUAUAACGACGAACCCUAUUACGAAAUGCAGCAAUACCCAUCAUCAUCGCCUUAUCAGCCACCACAUCGCCAACAAUGGCCACCUACUACCGCCUCUCCUGCUCCUCCUACACCUGUCAUGUCGUCUCCUUACACUCCUCCAUCUACUACAUUAACACCUUCAACUCCAUACUCUUAUACAACAACCACUAUUUCAUCACCUUCUCCUGGGUAUCGUGCAGCUGGACCUGUCCCUCAUCCGAAUCACCAUCAUAACAACUAUUUUUAA